ACCUGGUCAUCUUCAACUCGCUUUCAACCAACGCUCAACUCAAUCUUUGACUCCUGGUCUCACGGACUUCUGCACAAUUGUCAGACUAAGGUCUGAUCUAUCUGACGUGUUGAUAAACUAAUUCAAUCCAUUAUAGAGGCUAGCCGAUGUCUACGCUGCUUUCUAGACCUAACUUGGGUCUGGCAUUCUCCCGGAACAGUCUACUCCGAACGCGUUAAUGCCUCGUUUCCGACGCAUGUAUGAAGGGAGCCCUAGCAGCGUUGAAACGGCAUGUUCCUAAGUGCUGGGAAACUUCAUAUGACGGGGAAUAUAGGCCAGAUAGCUGUUGCUGACUGUCAAAUAAUUCGGGUCACCCAUUCCUCCCCUCUUCGUUCUCCAAUUUCACCGUACCUAUACCACAAUGGUGCUCAGCGCUGGCGCAUCUUCUGACUGUUCUGCCAAGAUGCAGAAUGCUUUACCUCAGUAUGGCUUUGGCGCAGAUGUUACAUUCGGCAAACUGGUCGAAGGAAACCCUUAUCUCUUUCGAGUCCAUACGCCGAAAGCCCAUCCACCACAUUAUGACGGCUCUGAGCCUUACUUUGUAGGCUCAAAGUUUAACAAUACCUUCUCUUCCGCCGCGAUAUACUCACCUUGUCCACCUCUGGCCUCAUCCGGAUCCAUCUCUAAUAUUAGCUAUGCCGAUGUAGUCAAGCACUUAGAUUGGAGUACUCGUUCCGAGUCUCCUUACAUAUCGACAUCGUUCAGCUUUGCUUGGGCUAUCUGGGAAGCUACCCGGAGAUACCAUAUCAACAUCAAGCACGACGUCGAAGUAGCCAUCAUCGACGCAAGUGCUCUCGCUGAUCGUGCCGUUACUGCUGCAGAAGUCCUGAUGAAGGGAUCCCCUAAAGAGCGACACAAAGACCACUGGAAGUGGUAUCGUUUUGCACUCGAAGCUCAAGAUGUGCUGGUCUGGGGCUACAUUCCUGGAUCGGCCGUCCUGGCUUCAAUUCCACUCUUGCAGAUCGUCAGCCGAUUACCAUCAUAUUUCCUCUACCCCGACAUCUCUGACUCGAAAGAUUCGCCUCUGGCCCGCCUCGGAUGGGAUUACACACGCAAAAAGCCCAGUUUUCGGCAGUUCUGUCAAGCAAUGUCCGAUCGCUUUUUGCGCAUGCCAAUGGAUAAGCGCCUCCGCGAUACGACUGCCGGGUCUGUGCGCCUCGCGCUCGCUUUGCUCCGCCCGUACAUCCACAGGCACAUUUCCGAUGACUUCACUACCGCGACCACUCACGUCUGUGACCUUGCCUAUAUUAUUUCGUGUUGGCCUGGUCAAUGGUGGGUACGUGAGCACCCGGAGAUUCCAGAUCUCUUGAGGUGCAUGAUUCAUAUUGUGGGCGAGGAGAUGCGCGAGGCUAGGAGAAUCCAGGCUCUCGCCGAUGCCACCAAGAUGCAGGGGCUCGUGGAGCAACUUGCUCAGGCAUAUGAAGCGCGCUUGCGGGAGCAGAGACGCCGCCUGCCGCCUCUUUUGUCGUCUAUCCGUUCUUGUGCAUCUUCCUCGCCAAUCGGGUCUCCAACGGAGGCGAAGUCGGAAUCAUGGUCAACGUCUUCCACUUUGAUCACUACGGACUCCAAGGAAGUCCAGACAGAUCCUGUCCUGUCUGAGAAGGACCCUGUCCCUCCCUCGCCCGUCGAGUCUGAUCCUCGGUCACCACGGGUUGAGUCUGACUUGGAAUUGGAUAGGAACGAAUCUUCUACUUAUGAUGUCGUUGCAAAAACAGCUUCAUGUUUCUUCACUGGAUUGGCCAUAGGAUCUUUCAUCACACUUUGCGUUUGGUCCUCGCAUAGGCGAGAGCUUGCCAUCUGUGUUUAGGGCGGCCUCCUCGCGACACAUCAUUCGUUAUCAUAUGUUAAUCUAUGUAAAUUGAAUCGGAGUGUACUCCUUGUAUUCUAUAUGUACUUCGAGUAGACUCAUGUAGCGCUAGUAGUUUUGUAUCUUUUGUAACCUAAGUUUUCCUCGGCCAGGCUUCCUGCUUAUCGGCCUAUGGGAAAAUCGUGUAUGUUGGCACCCUCAAAC